UAUGAAAUAUGUGCUCAGAUUUCUAUAUAAAUAAAGAAGAACACGUGAGUCAAAGAAAUUGAGCACAUUAAAAGGUUUCUGCUAGAUUUAUGCCAUCUUAGUUUCUGCCUGAGAACUUUCGAUACAGUUUGCUUCUGAAGCUAUCCUUCUGAAUUCAUCGUUGUCAUCAUGCAGAUUCUUCUGGGAGCCCUUGUCUGCCUUUUUCUUGCUACUUCAGGCAAUGCAUUAUACUGCGAAGUCUGCACAAGCUUUGGUACCAGCUGCACAGGUAGCCUCCAGACUUGUAAGGAUGGCAAUGAUACCUGCAUCAUCGCUGUGGCCGAAAAUACACUAGUUGGACAGACACUUCAGACCAUUACUAAAGGUUGUGUUUCUUCCAGUAUCUGUAAAGCUGGGCUAACCUCUAUGAAUUUUGGACAAGGAAAGAAAAUACGAUCAAGCACUAUUUGUUGUGUGGGAGAGGCCUGCCGAACAGCAGUGCCACAAAUUCCUCCACUCAUCAGCCAAACCAAUGGGAAGCAAUGUCCAGCCUGUUAUGCUGUGUCGCCCAGCAGCUGCAAUGAGGAUGAAAUUGUGGAGUGUGUUGGAUCAGAGGACAGUUGUCUCGAUAUGGCUGUAACUGUUACUUAUGGAACUUUUGUUGUCAAAACGCUUCAGAAGGGCUGCGUCACCAAAUCAGUCUGUGAUGAUAUUAAAACAGGUGAAACAGAAAUGAAUGAGGUGCACAGUUUCAUCACAAAGGCCACGUGCACAGCAGCCUCCAGCCUGGCCUGAAACGUGGACAUAAUCACCCACAAACCCGGUAUCACCGGCCUCCUUCUGGAAAUGGUCUUCAUUCAAUCCACUUGCAUUGUGUUGUAUGAUUUAACUUUUCCCAAAAUAGCUCAAGCCUCUUGGGUGUCUUGGCUGAAAUCUGAAUGAAAUGAAUAAAGAUUAUGAAAUAUGAGGAAAA